AUGAACAUGUCCACCAGGUCCAUCUGCUCUGACGCUUGCACUGACGCCUCCUGGCAGGUGGACGACUGUCCAGAGAGCUGCUGCGAGCCCUGCUGUGCCCCUAGCUGCUGCCAGCCCAGCUGCUGUGCCCCCAGCUUCUGUGCCCCAGCCUCCUGCCUGACCCUCAUCUGCUCCCCAGUGAGCUGUGUGUCCAGCCCCUGCAGUCAGUCAGUCUGCACCAGCUGCUGCACCUCGUCCCCCUGCCAGCAGUCCUGCUGUGUGCCUGUGUGCUGCAAGCCCGUGUGCUGUGUGCCCAUCUGCUCUGGAGAUUCCUCCUCAUCCUGCCAGCAGUCUAGCUGUGAGCCCUCUUGCUGCUCCUCCUCCCCCUGCCAGCAGUCCUGCUGUGUGCCCGUUUGCUGCAAGCCCUCCUCCAGCGUGUCCCUGCUCUGCCGCCCCGUGUGCAAGCCUGCCUGCUGUGUGCCUGAUUCCUCCUGCUGUGCCUCCUCCUGCCAGCCCAGCUGCUGUGGCCCAGCAGCCUCCAGUGUGUCCCUGCUCUGCCGCCCCGUGUGCAAGCCCGCCUGCUGUGUACCUGAUUCCUCCUGCUGUGCCUCCUCCUGCCAGCCCAGCUGCUGUGGCCCAGCAGCCUCCAGUGUGUUCCUGCUCUGUCGCCCUGCCUGCAGUGGGCCCUGCUGUUGA